AUGGCCAGCCGGAUGUACUACAAAGGGCUUCUGCUCGAACUAAAGAACUUUAUCCUAACUUCCUCGUUGGACAAUAUCCAACUGCCGCUGAAUACCUUCCAAUCUAUCUUAUUCUGUUCAGCGACUGUGGAGUACCAAUGUGGUCGCCUUACAGAAGAGCAAUACUUUGCACGGCUGGCAGUCGACUUUGGCCACUCGCAGGAAGAGAUUGAGGCAUCUUUCACAGCGGUACGGAAUACAUAUCAAGUGAAGGCGACAGCUUUGGAAUUUCUAGCUUCAAUAAAGAGCCGGUUUGGAAGUAGGUGUAAAUUAUAUGCCAUGACCAACCUAUCUCGGGAGGACUAUGCGUUAGUCAAAGGUCUUGGAAUCGAUUGGUCCCUGUUCGAACGGGUUUUUGUUUCGAGCGAGAUGAACAUGCAAAAGCCUGAGCUGAGGUUCUAUCGGCACGUUUUGGAUCACAUACAUCUGAAGCCUGAGCAAGUUAUCUUGGUAGAUGAUGACACUGAAAAUAUACUUGCAGCAAUGUCUAUGGGACUGCAAGGUGUUUUAUCUUCGGAAAACUCAGUUUCCCGUCUUCUCCUCAAUCUCUUCGAUGUUGAUCCUGUUGCAAGAGGUACCAAGUUUCUAAAGGACAACGCCCAGAACUUUUCUUCGGUUACGCAUACUGGGAUAAGCGUGAAGGAAAAUUUCGCGCAGUUGCUCAUCUUGGAGCUCACUGGCGACCGAAGUUUGGUAGAUCUUGAAACGCAUCUCACUACAUGGAAUUUUUUAUUGGUGUGCCCUCCUGUCAUCACACCAACCAGUUUCCCUGAUGAUCUGGACACAACAUCACUGGGGAUUACCAUCCUCCAGCGCCCUGCUCACAUAGCCAAUCUUGUUAUGGAUAUGAUGCUUCGGUAUCGAACUCCUGACCGUCUCAUUCAGACAUUCUUCUCCGACUUCAAGAACCGAGUUGAUCCGGUCGUGUGCUGCAACGUGUUGAGUCUCUUCUAUCAAUACGGGCGGGGCCAUCAGCUCUCAGAGACCCUCAGUUGGGUCGGUCAGGUUCUGCAAAGACACGCCUAUAUCCACGGAACCACUUACUACCCUGAACCUGAAGCAUUUUUGUUCUUCCUUUCCCGUCUCUUGCUGCGUCUCAAGGGAUCGUCGCCUGUCGUCUAUAAACGUAUGCGGGCCCUUCUCAUUGAACGGACUGGGAUUCAUGAUGUUCGAGGACUCAAGCAGCUCUUGUCCAUGCAAGAAAUAGAUGGCGGGUGGGAGAUGGGAACCUUGUAUCAGUAUGCAUCGAAAAACCUGCGAUUGGGGAAUAGAGGCACUUCUACUGCGCUUGCACUUGAGGCGAUCCGCCAUUGUCAACCCUGGCUAAACCAAUACAAUUAA